AUGCCCUGGACAUACCGGUACUGCCCUGCCUCGAUCCAACUCCCGGAAUCCUCCCCCAUCGCCUCCUGCUGCCUCCGCUGCGCCGAGCAACUCGGCACCAACCCGGAAAACGAAUGCGUGCGGACCCACGCCUUCAAAGCCUGCGAGCGCUGCGAAACACUCAAAGCGCAGUGCAGGCCCGUCCCCGUGUUCCUGCAAGGCCGGGUCGAGGCUCUCCGCGGGAUCGAGGACAAAGAAGAGCGCAUCAAGGCGUGUCACGAGUUGACGGUGGAAGCGGAGACGUUUGAGCGGCACUGCCGGAAGAGCGAGAACGAGGCGAAUCGGUUGCUGAGGUCGUUGAAUCGAAAUGUGUUUCGGUUGGUGCAGUUGAAGAGGAUGAAGAUGGGGUUGGAUCCGUUGGGGCCGGAGGAGGAGGAGAUGGCGCCGAUGGUGGGUGGGGGGAGGGUUGUUUAG